CAAUUAUUCCUUUGGUGAAUUUGUUAAGUUUUGUCACUGAGGAUAUUUCUUUAAACGCUGGUCCAGCUAUCGCAGGGUUAUUAAAUGCAACUUUUGGCAAUGUAACAGAAUUAAUCAUUUCUAUUUUUGCUUUGCGUGCUGGAGAAAUAAAAAUAGUUCAGUCUUCGAUGUUAGGAUCGAUUAUUUCAAACAUUUUAUUAGUGUUAGGGACAUGUUUUCUUGCAGGAGGCAUUAAGUAUAAGACACAAAAAUUUAAUCAAACUGCUGCUCAGACUAAUGAGAAACAAGCUAAAGAGCCACAAUUACCUCUUAUAUCUUCUAUUAUUUUUUUAAUCAUUAUAACUGGUCUUAUUUCUUUAUCAUCUGAAUUUUUAGUUAAUUCAUUUGAAGGAGUGGUAAAAACUCUUGGUUUUACAGAAAAUUUCAUUGGAUUAAUAAUUUUGCCAAUCAUUGGAAAUGCUGCUAAGCAUGUCACCGCUGUUAUUGCAGCAAUAAAUGAUAAAAUGAAUAUAGCAAUUAGUAUAGCUGUUGGUUCUUCUAAAGAAAAAAAUCCCUUAUAUGAAGCUUUGUCGUGGAUUAUUUCACAGCAAACAAAGAAAUUAGAUAAUGGUUCAUUUAUUGUUCAACCUGCUAAAAAUAAAAAGUAUGAAACAUAUGAAAUACCAGAUUUUAUCAUUUUGCCUGAAAAGAAACAACAAAUUAGAAUAGAGUACAGAGGUUGUAAAUUCGACGUCGUGUAUAAACUACAAAAAAAUGACAAAAACAAUAAUCAAAAUUAUCCUAGACCUCAAUCAUACUAUAAUAAAUCUGAUCCAGUGCCUUCUAUUUUUUUAUCAAUUAUCAAUGACGGCUCAAGUCUAAAUAACAGACUUGAUGUUAAUGCACUUACUGAGUUCAUUAGUGAAGUGACGAGUUUUUAUUUUAAAACGAAAGAAAAAAAUCACAAAUAUGCACGAUAUAAGCAUAACGAAGGAAAUUGGACUAGAGUUCAAUUUUUAUCAGACUUGAAUGGUUUAGAAACUGUUGUUUUAGAUAAACCAAAAAAAGAAUUACUAAAAAAAGAAUUAGACACUUUUAUUAAUGACAAAGAGUUUUACAAAAGAAUUGGUUUGCCUUAUCGACGUGAUCUCUAUUAUCUUAAUCUCAAAGAAAUUAAAAAUGAUAAUGAUAUUAGCGCUGCUUUUAGUUCUGUUCUAUCGAAUCAAAUAAUUGUUUUUGAAGAUGUUGAUACACAAUCAAAUAUUCUUUUUAAAAGAGGUGUUGGCCAACCAAAUUCUUAUAAUUUUAUAUCUGAAGAUUUAAUAAAAGAAAAUGACGAUCUAUCAAAAUAUAAGGACUUAUUUUCAUUUAUUAGUUUAUCUAAUUUUCUUGGAUGUUUGGAUGGACAAAUAUUAUCAGAAUGCACAAUAAUUAUCAUGAUGACUAAUCAUAUUGAAAAACUUGAUCCCACAUAUAUUCGUCCUGAUAGGAUGGAUGUACAUUUGGAUCUUGGAUAUUGUUCGCAUUACCAAAUUAGCAAGAUGUAUAUGAAUAUUACCAAUAAAAAAUUCCUGAAUAAUAUCUUAGAAAAAAUUCCCAAGAGGUUAUUGCCCCCUUGUGAUGUGAUGAUAACAAUGAUAUCACAUAGAAAUGAUAGUAAAAUUAUACCAAUUAAGAUUUUUGAAUUGGUUGAAAAAUAUUCAACCAGUGAUUAA